AAACGAAAACAACAAUACAUAAUUACAUUUCAAAGGUUUCUGUAAAGUUUUGUGAACCUUAUUUUGUUUUAACAAAAUUCUAAGAAUGUCGAAUAUGUCUGGAGAAGAUUGUGACGGUCUAGACCGAGGCGAUAACGAUGGUCAGAAGUCGGAUAAAAUGUUCACAUUGAAGAAAUGGAACGCGGUGGCUAUGUGGAGUUGGGACGUCGAGUGUGAUACCUGCGCGAUUUGCCGCGUCCAAGUUAUGGAUGCCUGCCUCCGCUGCCAAGGCGAAAGCAAGAAGGACUCAUACGGCAAACAGGACUGCGUAGUGGUGUGGGGCGAGUGCAACCACAGCUUCCACUUCUGCUGCAUGUCGCUGUGGGUCAAACAGAACAACCGCUGCCCGCUGUGCCAGCAGGAGUGGUCCAUACAGCGGAUGGGCAAGUGAAGCUUCUCCCGAUGGCCACGGAAUGGACGCUGAUGCUGACCCCCUUUUGUUUUAUCAAAUAUAUAGCGAUCGGCGCCAGAAGGCCUACCGCGAAACACGAGGUUUGAAAUUUUGUUAUUUGGCUCUCUAUUACUCUUGCAUAUUCGAACGAUAGGAACACAGAUAACGUAAUUUCGAAGUUCGUGUUUCGCGAUAUGCCUUCAGCGUCGAGCGUGCAGUCGUGCACGUCCUGAGCGUACGUUUUACGGCCGAGGCAUCUAAGUGGCUUAAAAAUUAUAUUCUCUAUACAACCGUCUCUGUGUAGGGCACAUGUGUAUUCAUGUAUAGCCGCAUAUGUUGUAUAUUAAUCGGUAUUUUUAUGUUUGUAAACUAUGAAUAUAGAGAAUCUCUUUCAA